CUUCGUUUAAGAAUUCCUGUUAGAAGAUUCCUUCCAUUAGAAGCUAUUCGAUUUAUUCCAGCUUUUGCAGGAAACAUUCAGCUUAAAGUAAAGUUCAGUAGCGACGCCUUACAAUGCACAUCUAUAUCUGUAAAUGAUAUCAUUGCUUUCAAUCCAACUCUUAAAGUUGCAUUUGCUUCAGAUUCAAAUCCACCGACAAAUAAAUUUGUUCCAUGGAAUGAACCAUUCACUAUGAUAACGAAGGCAGUAGAAGCUAGUGGAACAGUUACUAUUACAACUGUAACCCAGCAACUAUUUCGAACAAAGAUGGAUUUUAAUGAAUGUUUCAUUCAUCCAAAGUCAUUCUCUUUAGACCCUAACAUUUAUACAGAACUUGUAGAACAUUAUACAAACGAGGCUUUAUGUUUUCCUGUUAAAGUUAUGGAUUGGAUUCCUAUGGACGGUUCAUUCUCAAAGAAUACAGAUAGUUCAAGUGCAACAUUUACAGCAGCUUAUACGCCUAUUAAUGUUAAAAGUAUUUGGGCACUAUUUAGAAAGAAAGACAACUAUUAUGUUAAUUUUGAGAACCCUAAGUUUAAAUAUCUUCAGCUUUCCAUGGGAGCUUAUGGAAAUAUGCCUGCAGAACCUGAAAAAUCAUAUGGACCUGUAUUUUAUGAAAUGGUUGCGAACGCUUGCAAUACAAACAAUGAUAUGAUAGGAUUUAAUGAAGAUGUUAUGAGGUCAUUGGUGGAUGAUGGUAGUGUGGAACAUAAAUGGGAUAGCUAUGACAACACACAUUUCUUAUGUGGUUUUCCAACAGAAGUGGACUUUUGCUUCCAGCAAGGUCAAACAUCUACUGCUCCAAUAACAUACAAAUUGUCUGUUAAAGGACCUAUUGAACUAGCAACUGAAAAUGUACCAAAGCCACUUAUUGGAUUUAUGAGGGAUUGUUGCUUUGCCAUUCAGGUGCGUGCUAAUGGAAUCCCAAUAAUAAGAUUAGAUGACUAUAACUUAGCUGCGGACGACAGUGAGGAAUAA